UCACAUUAUAGAAAACUUUUAAUAAAGCAUCGGUUAGAUGAAUUUAAUAAAGUAUAUAAAAUUGGUGGAGAUAUAGAAGAAAAAACUGAAAUUUUACCAAUUUCAUACUUUGAUGAUUCAGAAUCAAUAAUCUCUGAUAGUACAAUAACUGGUGAAUUGGUUUUAUUAGAAGAAAAUAAUAAUGAUGAAACUGAAAUACAAAAUUUAAUUAAUCAGUUACCAUAUGAAGAUGAAGAAAAGAUUAAUGCAUAUGAAUAUCUUUCAAUAAAAAAUAUGUCUCAUUCUAUUGAUAUUUCAAAUGAAGAAAUUGUAACUGAUAUUAUUAAAAAUAAUUUAGAUAAAGAGAGUGAACCUGAAAUAGAAUUAAUAUCUAGUUCAACAAAGGCAAUAUACAAUAUUCAAAAUAUUGUAAAAUUUGUUAAAUAUAAACAAACUGAACUUGAAUUAGAUAACAAACAAUUAGAAACAUUAUAUGAAAUUCAGAAAAAAAUUUUAAUUUAUAAUUCAAAACAAAAAAUUAAUAAUUUAAAAGAUUAA